AUGUUUCGAGCUCGCCGAUACCGAGUUCUGAUCAUAUUCGCUGCGGCCUUCGUCCUGACAUUUUUCCACUUCGCGCGGUCACGCGAUUGGACAAACACAGUGAUUGAAGAGCCCGUUGAAGUUCACACACCUGAUCCUGCCUAUCCGAAGCAACCCCCGACCUCUUAUUCUGACUCUACGACCGCUGCCCCCGUUGAGGAUAGCAAGAACUAUGUUCCUCCCGAACCAUACCGCGGCUCCGGCACCCCGCCCUCUACCGGAAAGAUAAAUUCGCCUGUGGGUCCCAGCAGUGGAUCAAAGGGAGACAGCAAUCACCUCAAAGAUCCUGUCGGCGAUAAACCACCACCCGUGAAUGUGCCCGGCAAGGGUGACCCGAAGGACACUGCGAAGGUGGAGAGCCCUGGCAGAUUGCCGCCAGCAACAUCGGAUGAGGAAAUCGAUAAUGGGGGUGGAGGCAGAAUGCCUGUGGAUCUUGCCAAAUCUGGCUCUUCAAUGGUCAGGUGGAAGAAAUUCCCAGAACAAUAUCCCAUCCCCGCAGCGGAGCUGAUCAAGCUCCCCAAGGAGCAGUCAAAAUCAAUCCCCAAGCUGCAGGCCAAAUUCAAGGAUGAGUCAAGCUCGGCCAAGGGGGAGCGUCUUCAACGACUGAGUGCUAUCAAGGCCGAGUUCAAGCACGCAUGGCAAGGCUAUAAGGAGGUUGCGAUGGGACAUGACGAGGUUAAACCUUUGUCUAAGGCCUCCGAGGAUGCCUUCAAUGGCUGGGGAGUGACUUUGAUCGACUCUAUUGAUACACUUUGGAUCAUGGAGUUGAAGGAGGAGUUCUCGGAGGCUGUGGAUGCGGUCAAAAAGAUUGAUUUCAAAACAUCAUUGAGGGAGGACAUUCCGGUGUUUGAGACAACCAUCCGAUAUAUUGGAGGCCUUCUGGGUGCUUAUGAUAUAUCGGGUCAUCGGUACUCGGUGCUUUUAGAAAAGGCGGAGGAGCUCGCUGAGAUUCUUAUUGGCGCCUUUGACACCCCAAAUCGCAUGCCACAUCUUUAUUACCGUUGGGCGCCAGAGUAUGCCGCAAAGCGCCAUCGGGCUUCUUCCCGAGCUGGCUUGGCUGAGCUUGGAUCACUCUCCUUGGAGUUUACUCGCUUGGCCCAGUUGACCAAACAGGACAAGUACUAUGAUGCAAUUGCGCGGAUUACCAAUGAACUGGAGAAAUUCCAAGAUUCGACAAGUAUUCCUGGUCUUUGGCCCAUACGGGUCAACGCACAGGGGUGUUCUCGGUACAAGUCACAGCACAACGGCAGCCCUACGAAGGAGGAACAUGCUGCCAGCACGACUAAAACCACUAUAACGAAGACUCGCAAGGCUUACUCUGCACCGACAGAUAUUGAGAGCUACAUGAACCUGAUCCAUCGCGGUCAAAGCACUGAUCUCAAAGAGAAUGCCAAACCUGUCAAUGAUACCAGAUCUGCAGAUGGAUCUAGCAUCCAGACACGUGGACGAGAAGUCUCGGCAGAUCAAUGCAAUGGCGGUCUGGAACUUCCCCUCUCAGCUGUCAGUAAUAAGUACACUUUGGGAGGGAUGGCUGAUUCGACCUACGAGUACCUGCCUAAAGAAUACCUGCUUCUGGGUGGAGUGAACGACCAAUACCAAAACAUGUACAAGAAGGCGGCCACCGCAGCCCGCAAGACACUUCUCUACCAGCCUAUGGUGAAGGGUGGACGUGAUAUCCGUUUCAUGGCCUCAACCGCCCCAAUCACACCUGGAAAUACUGCACAGCUGAAUCCGGCUGAAUUCGAGUACGAAGGUCACCACCUGACAUGCUUUGUUGGUGGCAUGUACGCCCUAGGAGCCAAGACCUUUGGCAUCGAUGGUGACUUGGAACUCGCAGCGAAACUGACAGAUGGCUGCGUGUGGGCUUAUGAGUCGACACAGACCGGAAUGAUGCCCGAGCGAUUCCGCCUCUUGCCCUGUGAGAAAGGAUCGGCUUGCGAGUGGGAUCAGGCCCGCUUUGAUGCUGGCGUGGCUCGUUAUUCGCGGGUGGAUCCCAAUGCAGGACCCCAGUUCCGUAAUGGAGAGGAUACUUACUCGCAGCGCCUGAAGCUGAAUGCACACGAGGCGCCACAAGAGUCCGUGGACCGGAUGGUCCCUGUUCCUAUGCCGGGCUCAUUGAACCCCCAUGACAGCGAUGUAAUCUCUAAGCGUGAUGGAUUUGCAGUUGGAAAGCGUGCUGCUCAAUCAUCCGCAGCCCCAAGUCCGACAUCCACACCUGUCGGAGCUGAACUGGAGAACCGAGAUGCUCCUCGUUCAUCUUUGGCGCCUGCUUCGCCUUUGGUUGCCGCAGUGGGCAAAGAUCACCUCCCAGCAGGUAUGAUCAGUAUUCCCUCGCCGCAAUACUAUCUUCGGCCUGAGGCGAUCGAGUCGGUUUUCAUCAUGUACCGCCUGACUGGCGAUGAAUCCUGGCGUGUCAAGGGGUGGCAGAUGUUCGAGGCUAUUACGAAAUAUACUCGAACUGAAUUGGCGCAUGCGGCCAUCAACGAUGUCACAGCCCAAAAGCCGAGCCACAAGGACAUAAUGGAGUCUUUCUGGUUAUCUGAGACCCUGAAGUAUUUCUACCUGCUCUUCAGUGACCCUAGUGUGGUGGACUUGGAUAAAUAUGUCCUCGACCAGCGCAAUGUCCACAUUCAUCUUUCCUUUGCUUUCACGACUGACACCAUCCGCCCUUCCUUAGAUGAAUCCCUCCGAUCGGAAACCGAUAUCUCGCGCUGCUCCUACAAACUCUUCACGUCGAGUAUAUUUCACAGCCAUGCCGACUACGUGCGACGACAGAUUAUCUACGGUCUCUUGCAGGAAGAUGACCCGAAUAUCCUCCACUUCCUUGCGUCAUUUAUCCUCUUUGAUGGACGGCAAAAUGAACACGUGCUUCAAAUGCUGAAUGAGGAGGGCGCAUUUGCGCGUCUACUCGAGCUCAUACAGGCUAUUCGGAGGGCGGAUAUGGAUGCUGACGCCGGUCUCCAUCGUUUGUUGAUGGACCUCAUCUAUGAGAUGUCGAGGAUACAAAGGAUCAAGAUUGAAGAUCUGGUUCUUGUGGAUGAUGACUUCAUUCGCUGUCUCUUUGAUAUCAUCGAAGAUCUUUCGUACGACGUCACUGAUCCGUAUCAUUAUCCUGUCAUCCGGGUGCUACUGGUAUUGAACGAACAGUUCAUGAUAUCUGCCCACAACCCAGUAGAUGAUGCACCCUCAGGGCAUUUGACAAACAAGGUUAUCAAAGUCCUAUCUGUUUAUGGAGGGUUGUAUAAAACAUUCGGAGAGAAUAUUAUCCUCCUCAUCAACCGAGAAGCCGAGACAUCUCUGCAGUUGCUGACACUGAAGCUUCUUUAUCUCAUAUUUACCACCCCUAGCACAUACGAGUAUUUCUUCACCAACGAUCUGCAUGUUCUGGUUGAUAUAUUGAUUCGAAAUUUACUCGAUCUACCAGAAGAGGCAACUGCGUUACGACAUACAUACUUGCGUGUUCUUUACCCGCUUCUAGCUCACACACAGUUGCAGAAUCCACCACAUUACAAGCGUGAUCAACUUCGAAGGCUACUCAAUGAUCUUGUUCCAGGGCAAGUAUUAGAUGGCAAUGACUCGGAAGAUGAGAAAAUCCUCCACUUCGAAGAUGUGGAUGAGACAACGCGCCGACUUGUCGCCCGGUGUGCGACGGUGGAUUGGCUACGAAGUACCGAUCAGAUCAACACAGCAGAAAAACAGGACACCCCAACCCAGGUGACUGGAAUUACGAUUGAAAGCGUCCUUGAUCAAGCUGAACAGCGUGCAUCGCAAGUAGACAUUGACGAACCACUCGAUGUCACUCGCACGCUCUCGAGAACAAGUGAUGUCAGCUCACCAGAUACGGCAUCACCAACAAGAAUGGACUCCCGGGGUUCGUCCAAUGCACCGGGCAGCCGGAAACACAGCGUAGUGCAACGGCUAGGCAUGUUAGAGCCCGCAUCUGCAUCUUCCUUGAGCGUACAAGCAGUUGCAGCACAACACGAAAAGCCAGGUAUCAUCACCCCGAGCCGGAAAGAUGCAAACCUUGCUGCCGCUCUCAGCGACGAGACGCCCAUCAUUCGACCACCGAAGGUGAAACCGGAGCCACCAAAAUCUCGUCGCUGGCGCGGGCGGCGUCUAGCUGUGGAUAACGAGGAGCACCACUCUGCCGGCACGAGCAGUGACGGCAACACUAUACCCGAGGGCGUGGAAUUCAGCCCUACCACGGUUUUCACCCCAACCACACCGUCGCAGGCUAUUCCUACCGAACGCCGUGAAUCUGCGUCGAGCUCCAAUCUUGCUCCCCCAGGUUCACAGCCACGACGGUCCGCAUCAAAUCCACCGCCAGCUCUCCCACCACCACGCCGUUCCAGCCACACCACUCCUUCCUCAAGUCACCACCGCCCCAUAACUCCGGUCCCCGUAACAGGCCGACAUGGGCAAGCUCCACUUCCCCCCAAAACGCGGCGCUGGGGUCGCGGCAAGGCACAUGGACAGAGCGACUCAGUUGAAAGCGGAUCUAGCAGUGUCAGUCCAUCUAAGGAUCUCGAGGUCUCUGAGAACAGUACUGCACCUGCUGCGCAAGAGCAUUCUCCAGAGAGCACUCCUUCAGACCCAUUCUCGCCGAAGUCUCCAACAUUGUUGAUCUCCCCAGCCGCAGAUGGCUCAACUGAUGGUGCUGGUGGCAGUGCACCUCUUAGUGUAGAGGAAGCAGUGCAAAAUGUCUCUCUGCAUUGA